AGUCACACGUAUCUUAAAAAUUAAGCUACCGUAUUCCUUAUUUCAAAUACGCACAAAAAGAUUUACGCCAUGGGGAAAAGGAAAAGGUCGCGUUCUAGGGACGACGAUUACGACAGUAUAUUAAGAAAGGUUAAGAAACUUGAACAGCGGUUAAAAAAUCGUCGACGAAGUAGUUCGCGCUCGCCGUCUAUAGAACAGGAAAAUAUAGAUGUGAAUAUAGACGUGCAUCAAUCGGAAACGCAGUCGCCGUUGCGGGAUAUGGAAUUUACCGAAGCAGAUAAUAAUGACAACGUGAAUGAAGCUUGUUUAAAUAACAAGAGUGUAGAUAACGCUGAACAGACUACAAACGUGGAACCCGAGUUGGACCCUAAUAUUUUAAGCAUCUUAGGAGAUGACCCCCAGAACGAGAAUACUUUUGGUGAAAAAUUACACAAGGAUGUUUCAACUAGAUGGCAACAUCUUUUGAUAAACGGGUUACAAAAAGAAGUGAAAUCCGAAAUAAUAAAAUUAUAUCCAGUUCCUGAAAACUGCAGUAGCUUGAAGGCGCCGAAACUUAAUUUAGAAAUAAAGGCGGCCCUUACCGAAAUGAACUUGAAAAAAGAUAACUUUAGCGAGAAUAAACAAAAUCAGUUAUCCAGCGGUAUUGCAGCUCUAGGCAAAGCGUUAACCGUCGCAUUUAGUAGCAACCCGUCUUCUCAAGACCUAAUAAAAUACUUGAGCGAUGCGGGACGCUUGUUGUGCGAUUACCAUUACAGAGAAUCUCAAUCGCGUCGAUACUCUAUCAUAAAUACUUUAAAUAAACAGACACGCGAUACUAUUAGGGAUACUAAACUGGACGAAUAUCUCUUUGGGUCUGAUCUUGCCGAUCAUUUAAAGUCAUCCAAGGCGAUUGAGAAAUCGGGAUUAGAAUUAAAGCCCGUGUACACGCCGCGGGUGCAAUCAAAAGUAGAUCCGGCCGUUCAACAUCAACGAGGGGCUUUAAACUCACGGGGGGCGUCGCGGACAGCAGCCUCCGAGACGCGCCCGUACGCCGCUGCCCGGAGAUCGCCAGACAUCGCUCCGACGACCAGGGAUCGCCGACACGAACCGUCAACGAGCCGCUCGAGCUACUAUCAUCGUCAGCGAGGGAGGAGACGCUGA